GCUGUUCGCCAUACCGAACAGUUCUCACCUUGAAACCCGGAGGAUUGCCAAACUCCAAACGGAUCGUCGAUUUCUCUCAUCGAAUUCAUUGUUACGUUGUCACGUCUUUUGACACUUUCAAUUCUACUUUUAAAAGAAUGCUUAUCAACUCAGUUCUUUUUCUGGCAAUUUGGAGUUCAUCGUUUGCGGAAGAAUCGUCUUCCAGCGAUGCUACGUCCAACAAACGAGCGGCUAUGGGAUUUCAGGAUAUGCGCGGAAAUAAAAAUCUCAUUCCUACUUCCUUAGAACACAAUAAAUUAUCCAAGAGAACGCUAAUGGAUUUUCAAGAUAAUAAGGAUUCGAAUGCGCCCGACAUUGAAGAUAAUCUUUCUCACGAGUUUGAGAAACGAGCACCAAUGGGAUUUCAGGGUAUGAGAGGGAAAAAAGGUUAUUUAACGCCUGAUUUCGAAGAUUCCUAUUUUCGUGACGAGAAAAGAGCACCAAUGGGUUUCCAGGGUAUGAGAGGAAAAAAAGUUGUUUCAGAUGAUGACUAUUAUAAACGAGCACCGAUGGGAUUUCAAGGAAUGAGAGGAAAGAAGUCUUUGGAAGAGGUGUUAGGUGAAAUCGAAAAGAAGGCCGCGAUGGAUUAUUAUGAUACGAGAGAUAAAAAGACAUAUGUUUUCGAAUAUCCGGAAGAUUACGAAAAGAGACUCCUCGCGAGUAUUCGUGGCAAGUUGAAAGAAUUUCCGAUGGAAUGGGAGAAAAGGGCUCCUAUGGGAUUUCAGGGGAUGAGAGGCAAGAAAUCAUUGCUCGAUGAGAUAGAAGAACUUGAGAAACGAACUAUCAUGGGUUUUCAGGGUAUGAGGGGCAAGAAAAAUGCUUUGGAAAAUUACAUAGAUUAUUACUUGGAUCCCGACAUGGAUUUCGACAAGAGGGCACCAAUGGGUUUCCAAGGAAUGAGAGGCAAAAAAGAUUCUGAUAAAAGAGCACCUAUGGGUUUCCAAGGCAUGAGAGGCAAAAGAAAUACGGGACAAAGAUUUGAUACCGGCAUCAAUUUUAACAUCCGAUCAUCAAACGAAUACCAAGGAACGAACAAUAGGAGAAACGCUCUAGCUUCGUGUCAACUUGAAAAACGAUCGCCUUUCCGAUAUUUCGAGAUGCGCGGUAAGAAAAAUCCACGAUGGGAGUUACGGGGGAUGUUUGUGGGGGUAAGAGGCAAAAAAUGGGCGACAGCCCCGUACGAGGACGACAGCCCGUUCAUAAGCGUGUUUGAUAACACCGAAAGGAUUGGCGUGGAUGGGGAUUCGCCAGCAAUAUUAGAUUCACAAUAAUGCAGCAAUCCUUAGAAGCGAUAACUGUUACGAAACAUCUUCUCCAAAUAAUUAAACCGAGCUAACCUAAAUAACUGACUCUAAAAGUGAACAAGAAAAUACAUACUAUCAAUUAUGAUGAAUGAAAAAAUGUCGUCUAUUGAUUUAUAGGUCUAUUCUAAAUUACAGCUAGUAAAAUUCGAUAAUAAAAAUAGCUUCAUCAUAAUUAUUAUUAUAAUUAUUAUUAUUAUUUUACAUAUCGUAAGCUGAUCUUGAUCUAGUCAAUGGUAAUAAAAUUAUUUGUUAUGUAUACGCUAUAUUAUUUAUGUUUCGCAGCUAGUAAAAUUUAGAAAUGCGUGCAAUGGAUGCAGGUCGCAAGUCGCAAAUCGUAAAUACAAUUAAUAGAGAGAUGUAAAUUUAGUGUACAUACAAUGAACAAAGACAAACAUACA